UCGUAGACGACGUAGACUGUAGUAUUUUACCUACUAAAUUUUUGUUGUAAACAUAGUGUCAUAGUCUAAAAUUAUAGCAGUGAAAACUAAAUAGUACAUAACUAAAAUUUUUUUUUCAUAAUAACUGUCGAUUAUAUUUAUUAAGUAUGUCUGAAAAAGGUGUAUGUCACUGUGGUAAAAAUAUUGUAUUAAUGAACAAACAUAAUCGUGAUUUACAUUUGCGUUCAUGCAAGAAGAGAAAGAAUUGUGUAUCAAAUGUUUCUAUUCAAAAUUUUUUUAUCGUUAGUGGAUCUAAGGAUAAUUUGACAAAAAAACCAGCACUGACCGAAAAAUCUUUCAUCAAUAUUAAUAACAGUGAUUCUAAUGGCUCAUCAAUAAUAAACAUACACAAUGAAGUUACUGCUAAUUUUGAAAGAUACCCAAAUGAUCCAGCUUUGGUCAACAGUUCUGAAAUAACCAGUGAAUAUUUAUCAUAUAUGAUUUCUAUUGGUCCAUGCCAACCUUUAGCUUCAAAUAUUCCCGGUAAAUCAUUCCCUAAAAGGAAGCAAAACAAUAUUUUUCGAUCAUUUCAUGAUACUUAUUAUUACAAAAUGUUACCUGAUAAAUCAACUGUUAAAAGAACUUGGGUCUCCUAUUCACCUUCAAUUGAUAGAGUUCAUUGUAUUGUCUGUAAACUAUUUGGAACAACUAGAGGGAAAAACUAAUUAUUUAUCAAGAGAAGGGACAAAUGAUUGGCAACAUAUUUCUACUAGACUUAAUGAACAUGAAUCGUCUAUAGAUCAUUUAAACUCGGUAAUAAGGUAUUCCAUGUAUGUUAAGAAUAAUCGAGUAGAUGUAAAUGAUCUUAGACUAACUUCAAACACAAAAGUAGCCGAAAAUAGAGAAACAGUAAAAGUUAUAAUUGAAAUAAUUAUUUAUCUUGCAAGACAAAAUAUUCCAUUUAGAGGAUAUGAUGAAAGUGUUAAUUCGUUGAACCGAGGAAACUUUUUGCAACUCGAUAAGUUAUUAUUCCAUCAUCAUCCUAUACUCUCUCAUCAUAUGGCAAAAAUAGACAAUUCUAUAAAAAAAAAAUCGAUUAACUUUCUUAUCAAAUGUUAGUCAGAAUACAUUGACUCAUAUCCUUGGUGAAAUCGUAUGGAAAAAUAUAUUAACAAGUGUUGCAAAAGCGGGUAAGUUUUCCGUUAUCAUUGAUACAACCAUUGAUGUGACUUGUUUAGAACAAUUUUCCAUGAUUUUACGUUUUGUUGAUGAAAAUGGUCAUAUUAAAGAAAGACUUGUAGCUCUUGAAGUAGUUGAUGACUCAUCAGGUCGUGGAAUGUUUAAUUUAUUUUGUAAUAUUUGUAGCAAGUAUGGAUUAAAUUGGAAAUCAAAUCUGAUUGCCCAAUCAUAUGACGGUGUUGCUUCCAUGCAGAGGCAGUACUCUGGUGUUCGCACAUUGGUACAUCAACAAAACCCAAGAGCGAUUUAUGUAUGGUGUUUUUCUCACAUAUUGAAUUUAGUCAUUGUUGAUACAUGUGAUAGUUGUAAAGAAACAAGUAAUUUUUUUGGAAAUAUUCAAUCCUUAAAAGAAUUUAUGAGAGCCCGUAAAUAUACUGCACUAUUUUUAGAGUACCAAAAAAAAUUCUACCCUGACAAAAGACCGUUGAGAAUGAAAACAUUUUCUACCACUCGCUGGACUUCACAUCAUCAGUUGCUGUUUAUGAGAAUAAUUCUGAUAAAAUCACAAAUAGUCCAGUGGACUACUUUAGAACAAAUGUUUAUUUUUUAUGUAUCGACAAAGUUUCUUUAACAGUACGGUUUAAAGAUGCUAGAAAUAUUAUGAAAGAUUUAUCAUUUUUAUCAUACGAGAGAUUAUUAAAAGUAAGCAAUGGAGAUGUAGUGCCAAAAGAUACCUUUGAUUCCCUUAAAACCUGGAUUCCUGAAAUAGAUAAAGAUUCAAUUGGAAUGGAAUUUAGAAAUUUUGUUAUGAGUUUUCAGAAAUUACAAUCAGGUAAUGUCCAUAACAGUUACAUGAUAAAGAUGUCUUAAUUAGUGAGAACACAAGUGACGAAGAUGAUUCUAUAAUAAAUAGCGAAAUGGAUGACGAA